ACCACGACCUGGUUUUGUGAAGGAUUGGAGAGUCAGAUAAUUCCUCGCCAUGUGACACAACACUGAACAGACACACUCUCUCUCUUUCUCAGAUCCUCCAAACUCUCCAAACCAACAAUGUCCUCACCAGCGCCGGCGUCGCCGCCGCCUGGUGGUAACAACACCGCUCCUCCGCCGUCCAACACCGCUCCUCCGCCUCCAACCACCCCUUCUGCCCCACCGCCAGCUACCCCAGCUGCCCCACCGCCGGCUACCCCCGCCGCCCCUCCGCCGGCAACUCCGCCACCACUAACUCCGACUCCAUCUCCACCAGCAUCUUCGCCACCUCCGACAGGGUCUACUUCUCCCCCGCCACCAUCUACCCCAUCUGACUCUCCCCCUCCGCCCUCUACCCAGGUUCCCUCGCCUCCGGGGUCCAGGAGCUCGCCACCGCCACCUGCUGCAGUUAGGAGCUCUCCGCCGCCGCCGAGGACGAACAGCACUGGUGGUCCAUCGAAUGCGGGUGUGAUUUCGACAGGGGCUGUUGUUGGGAUUGCAAUUGGGGGAGUGGUGAUACUUUUGGUUCUGAGUGUGCUGUUUAUUUUUUGCAAGAAGAAGAAGAGGAGAUACGGCGAUGAGGGGGCUUACUAUGUUCCACCGCCACCACCCAAAGAUGACCGUUAUGGUGGUCAACAGCAACAGUGGCAACACAAUAUUCCUCCACCUGCUGGUCAUCAUGCUGUUGCAUCGGUGCUCAAGCCAUCUCCUCCACCACAAGUUGGGGCACGCCCGCCUCUCUCUCCAUCUUAUACACCUGCACCACCACAACCUUUCGUAAGCAGCAGCGGAGGCUCUGGCUCGGGGUCUGAAGUAUACCCACCACCUUCACCUGGCAUUGGCUUAAGCUUCUCAAAGAGUACGUUUACGUACGAGGAGUUGGCUAGGGCAACAGAUGGCUUUUCAGAUGCAAACCUCCUUGGACAAGGUGGUUUUGGCUAUGUGCAUAGAGGGGUUCUUCCAAAUGGAAAAGAAGUGGCUGUCAAACAGUUGAAAGCAGGAAGUGGUCAGGGGGAGCGUGAAUUUCAGGCAGAAGUUGAGAUUAUCAGCCGAGUGCAUCACAAGCAUCUCGUGUCAUUGGUUGGUUACUGCAUCACCGGUUCACAGAGAUUGCUUGUUUAUGAGUUUGUUCCUAAUAACACUCUGGAGUUUCACUUACACGGAAAGGGGCGACCUACCAUGGAUUGGCCAACCAGACUGAGGAUUGCAUUGGGAUCUGCAAAAGGAUUAGCAUAUCUCCAUGAGGAUUGUCAUCCUAAGAUCAUUCAUCGUGACAUCAAAGCAGCAAACAUACUUCUUGAUUUCAAGUUUGAAGCAAUGGUUGCAGAUUUUGGACUGGCAAAAUUAUCUUCUGAUGCUAAUACUCAUGUCUCUACCAGGGUCAUGGGAACUUUUGGGUAUCUGGCUCCAGAAUAUGCUUCAAGUGGAAAACUAACAGACAAGUCAGACGUUUUCUCCUUCGGUGUCAUGCUCUUGGAAUUAAUUACUGGUCAACGGCCAGUUGACUCAAGCCAUUCUUUCAUGGAGGACAGUUUGGUAGAUUGGGCAAGACCUUUGCUGACACGUGCUCUUGAAGAAGGAAACUUAGAUAGCUUGGUUGAUCCAAAGCUGCAAAACAAUUACAAUCAGAAUGAGAUGGCUCGCAUGGUUGCUUGUGCUGCUGCCUGUGUGCGUCAUUCAGCAAGACGACGACCACGAAUGAGUCAGAUAGUUCGUGCAUUGGAAGGAGACGUGUCUCUAUCUGAUCUCAAUGAAGGAAUUAAACCCGGUCACAGCACUGUCUACAGUUCACAUGGAAGCUCAGACUAUGACACCAGUCAAUAUAAGGAAGACAUGAAAAAAUUUAGGAAGAUGGCAUUGGGGACCCAAGAGUAUGCUGCCAGUAGCGAGUACAGUGAACCGACCAGUGAAUACGGUUUGUAUCCUUCUGGAUCAAGUGGUGAAGGCCAAACCACUCGAGAAAUGGAGCUGGGAAAGAUGAAGAAGAAUGGUCAAGGUUUCAGUGGAAAUUCUUGAUAACUAAUUUCGCAUUCCGCUGUAAAGUUCUGGCCCCACCACUUUUUUUUUUUUUUAAAUUUUCUCUUCUCUUAAUGCAAUGCAGUCGAUUGAAUAUCAAAUUGAGUGAAGAAAACGAAGCAAUUCCUUUUAUUAAAAUUUUCCCAAUUCCUAAAUUGAUUUGAUCAUAUUAUUUGCGUGUAUCUAGCAGUGCUCAUGUAAAAGAAAACGAUGGAAUGACCACACAA